GGUCACAGCCACCAACACCCUUCCUCCAGUGCCCACUGUGUCCCUCUGCUGCUCUCCAGCACAGCAGCCCUGCAAGCCCCUGGAUACCUCCCUCCCAUGACCGGUGUUUAUUGAGGGGGCUACCAUGCACCUGGCACUGUUCUUGGCACUAAGACAGAGGUCCUGGCAUCAGAAAGGCUGGGUUCCAGGUUCAACUCUACUACAUCCUAGCUCUUUGGCUGUGGGCACCUCGCACAUAAAUCACGGUGGGAGGCAGGCUCGGUUCCCCUGCGCCGGGAAGCUGCUGCCCCCUCCCUCGCUCAGCAGAGGGCUUUGCAGCAGUGGAGGAGGCAGCGCCGCUGAUUUCGGGCACCGGGGAAGCAACCGAUUCGUCGGCUGCCAGCAGCCCCGAGUUGCCUACGCGGAAGACAGAGAGGAAGAGAGAGAGAGAGAGAGAGAGAGAGACUGACUUACAGAGCAAAACCCUUCAUCCCUGUGGAGGACAGUCUGAGGGAGCCACAGUCUGCCUUGCCCACCAACUGGCUGACUUUUCUCCUCGCCUGGCGGUGGUAUUUCUUUUCGUCUUGGUCCUGCGUGAUUUAGGGAUAGUUGGCACCUCCGCUGAGCUUUCAAACCAAGUCACCGGGAGUUAACAUCUUCCCACCCCGCAGGGAAGGGAGGAGUUGGCAAGAAUUUGGCUCAGCCGUCCCCCCUGCAAUCCGCUGGUGUUGUGGCGCACGGGACAUCUGCCAUGACCGACACCGUGGUCAGCAGCAGCUCCAGCCGCUGGGUGUGUCCCAGCGACCGGCCCCUUCAAUCCAAUGAUAAAGAACAGCUCCAGGCGGGCUGGUCCGUCCAUCCCGGUGGUCAGCCCGACAGACAGAGGAAGCAGGAAGAGCUGACAGAUGAGGAGAAGGAAAUUAUCAACAGGGUGAUUGCCCGGGCCGAGAAAAUGGAAGAGAUGGAGCAGGCGCGGAUCGGGCGCCUGGUGGACCGUCUGGAGAACAUGAGGAAGAACGUGGCUGGGGAUGGGGUGAACCGCUGCAUCCUGUGUGGCGAACAUCUGGGGAUGCUGGGCUCUGCCUGCGUAGUGUGCGAGGACUGCAAGAAGAAUGUCUGCACCAAAUGCGGGGUAGAGACCUCCAACAACCGCCCGCAUCCUGUAUGGCUCUGCAAAAUCUGCAUCGAGCAGAGGGAGGUGUGGAAGCGUUCUGGAGCCUGGUUCUUCAAGGGCUUCCCCAAACAGGUCCUCCCACAGCCUAUGCCCAUAAUGAAGACCAAGCCCAAGCAGCCUGUCAGUGAGCCUGCUGUCCCAGAGCAGCCUACUCCUGAAUCCAAGCACACUGUCCGGGCUCCAACUCAAGGUGACGCUGAAGACGGGAGGGGCCCAGGUCAGAAGCCAGGCCCUGAGCUGGCCUCUGUGCCUGGCCGAGGAAGCUACGGGCCUCCUGUGCGCAGGGCCUCAGAGGCACGAAUGAGCUCAGCCAGCCGGGACUCAGAGGGCUGGGGCCAUGGCCAUGGCGGGGCAGCCGGUGACUCCAGCCGGAGCCCAGCAGGUUUGAGACGGGCCAACUCAGUGCAGGCCUCCAGACCCGCCCCAGCCUCGACGCCGAGCCAGGCUCCGCCUCAGCCUGGGCAGCCAGGGCCCCCAGGAGGCAGCAGACCCAGUGCUGGGCCAGCAGGACGCUUUUCGGACCAGAGACCAGACCUGGCCCCCGGUGACCUCUGCUACCCAGGGGCCUCCAUCCCACCCUGGGAGGAGCGACUCGGAGUCGGAGCCAGGGAGGACCGAGCGGGCCACGCACCAGGCCCUUACUCCCAAGUGUCUGCUGCUGCCCCCCAGCCUGUCGCGACCCCUGCCCACCAGCCCCCACCCCCCGAGGAGGACGAGGAGGAAGCCAACAGCUACGAUUCGGAUGAAGGGACCACCCUGGGCGCCCUGGAGUUCAGCCUUCUCUACGACCAGGAGAACAGCUCCCUGCACUGCACCAUCAUCAAGGCCAAGGGACUGAAGCCCAUGGACUCCAAUGGCCUGGCCGAUCCUUAUGUUAAGCUGCACCUCCUGCCGGGAGCCAGCAAGUCCAACAAGCUUCGGACAAAAACCCUGCGGAACACCCGGAACCCCAUCUGGAACGAGACCCUCGUCUAUCACGGCAUCACGGAUGAGGACAUGCAGCGGAAGACGCUCAGGAUCUCUGUCUGUGACGAGGACAAAUUUGGCCACAACGAGUUUAUCGGUGAGACCCGAUUCUCACUCAAGAAGCUAAAGUCCAACCAAAGAAAGAACUUCAACAUCUGCCUAGAGCGCGUGAUCCCGAUGAAGCGUGCAGGGACCACCGGCUCCGCCCGAGGCAUGGCCCUCUAUGAGGAGGAGCAGGUGGAGCGCAUUGGCGACAUAGAGGAGCGCGGCAAGAUCCUGGUGUCCCUCAUGUACAGCACACAGCAGGGCGGCCUCAUCGUGGGCAUCAUACGUUGCGUGCACCUGGCCGCCAUGGACGCCAAUGGCUACUCAGAUCCAUUCGUCAAGCUCUGGCUGAAACCAGACAUGGGAAAGAAGGCCAAACACAAGACUCAAAUUAAGAGGAAAACCUUGAAUCCUGAAUUUAAUGAGGAGUUCUUCUAUGACAUCAAACACAGCGACCUGGCGAAGAAGUCGCUGGACAUCUCGGUCUGGGACUAUGACAUCGGCAAGUCCAACGAUUACAUCGGAGGCUGCCAGCUGGGGAUCUCGGCCAAGGGAGAGCGCUUGAAACACUGGUACGAGUGCCUGAAGAACAAGGACAAGAAGAUCGAGCGCUGGCACCAGCUCCAGAACGAGAACCACGUGCCCAGCGAUUAGGAUGGCUCCUGGCUCCCUGGCUCCGUGCCCUGCCCCCUGCCCAGGUCCCCCCCAGCCGGCCCCAGCGGCCCACUGCACUCUGGUCUCUCUCCUGUAUGCCCCUGCCCCUCCCCUGCCGCCCUCCCUGAACUUGCUUUUGGGGUCCCCCUCACCUUGGGCAUUGCUGCCAAAGACCUCCUCCUCCCCCCGCGAUGCUGCUGCGAGGCUGCGAGGCGGGCUCUAAGCACAGCCCGGCUCCGGUCCCGCCAGGAUGGAGCAGUCGGGACAGGGAUAAGAGAUCUUUACAAAGAGGUUGUUCCUUUAACAACCUCCCGGUUUGGGUAAUUACAGGCGUUCGUCAUCAUUUCGGACUGUUUAGCCCUCCUGGCCUUGAGCAGGCGGGCACGUCCACUCCCGUUUCCUGCGUCGCGUCUGUGUGUCCCCUCAGCGGUCAGCACCGGACAAGGCUGUGGGGACCCUGAAGUGGGGUAGACAUAGAGCGUCCAGGCUCCCAGCUUUCUGUCCCUCUCCACCCCCGUCUCUUUCCCCUUCUCCCCUCUCCCUCUCUAAGGGGUUCAAUAGCAAAAGCAAAAAAAUAUCCUAACACAGCCUCUCCCCCUCACCUCCUCUCACCUGCCAGACCAGCCAUCGGGCAAAACCUGAGCUUCCACGUAGCCUCUUGCUUCCUCGGAUGCCCACUUCCCCUUGGGCACCGCCAGGCGGCCUCGGGCGGAGGGCCGGCUACUGGCCCUGCCCAGGUGCAGGCAGCAGCCCACAGGC